AUGGAUAAUUUGAUCAAAAUUCAAACGCUGCUUCAAAUUGAGAAAAGGAAAUGGAUGUUCUUGGUGGGUUUGGUGGCUUUAACCCAUUUAUUCUGCCAGUCUUUGAUGCUUCCUUAUGGCAAUUCCUUUAUGUCGCUAUUGCCCGGUGGGGAGAAGGCCAGCAAAUCAUCCAAUCAAUCUUCUGUCAAGACUGUGAUGCCUGAAAAUGCUCUAAACAUUGGUAUCUUGAAUUCAAAUAAUGCAUCUCUAUUAGUAAGUGGAGUGAAAAAUGCAAAGAGUUACCUCUCGGCUACAAAUGCAGUGGAUAAUGGAGGAUCAAUGGUAAAAGAUGAAGAAAGAAGGAUUAAUAUUACCUCCGAUAGUGAGGUCAUGGAUAAUGAUUUUGAUUUUGAUUUUGUUGAUGAUGAAACAUUAGAUAAUGAUAAUCCAUUUCAAGUUAAUCCAGAUACGGAGGAGGGGUUCAAGGUGCAACAUGAUGAAACCCAAGAACAUGGUUCUAAGGAAAAUAUCUUCACAGAAUUACAAUAA